AUGAACAGUUCCUGCAGUACACUGUGUGACUGGAUCAACGUUCCUUCAAUGGAGUCUAAAGAGAUUUUCUCCCAUCAAGAGGAUGUAAGGGAUACACCUCCGGCAGCAGAUAAUGUGACAUGCAUCCCAGACCCUACCGAAGUAGUAUUCAACUACCAGGGCAUUACAGUCCAAUACAUUCUUGCGUACUUAUCAAUUCUACUCAUGGCCUUUGCACAAAUGAUGUUGGUAGUCGCUCCAGCCGCAUUUUCAAGGGAUGUUACCCUUGCGGUUGGCGGUGCAGAGAAAGCAACAUGGUUGGCUCAACUAGGCGUCAUCUCUACAUGCGCCCUGGGGCCCCCGAUCUCUCAAGCCGCCGACUACUGGGGCCGAAAGUGGUUUCUAGUGGUUAGCGCCGUGUGCGGAUUCUCUGGAUCUCUGAUUGUCGCGCGGGGGCACUCCAUAGCCAUGGUAUUAGGAGGACAGCUGCUUACAAGUCUCUCAACCGGUACCCAAGCCCUACUAUACGCGGUGUCGUCGGAGAUCUUACCGAGACAAUACAGACCUCUCGCGCAAGGUGGUCUCAAUGUUAGCUUGUCCUUAGGGGCAAUUGUCACCCUUCUUGCAGGGUCCGAUUUGAUUCGAAAAUACGCCGACGGUUUUCGAAUCAUGUGGUACCUUAUGGCAGGGGUCUUCGGUGCCUCGGGCGUCGUGUGUGCCAUUGCGUAUAAACCCCCAAAGAGGCCACUGCAGGUGUCUCUAAGAUUUGUACAAAAGGUAAAGCAGCUUGACUGGAUAGGAUAUGGCCUAUUUGUGGCUGGAAUCGUGCUGUUCAACAUAGCCCUGACCUGGUCCGACAAUCCCUUCUCCUGGAAAGACUCUCAUAUCCUAGCCCCCUUUAUUCUGGGUAUCCUGCUCAUCAUCGGGUUUAUUGUCUAUGAGAAGACCGGUCGAAAAGAUGGAAUGUUCCACCAUGACCUCUUCGCCAAAGACCGAAACUUUGCGAUUGCGAUAGGACUCAUAUUUGUGGAAGGAAUGGCCUUUUAUGCCGCAAACGUUUACUUUCCCUAUGAGGAUUCAGUCCUCUUCGAGAGUGACCCUGUCAAAUCCGGUCUCCGGUUCAGUAUUGUGUUUCUCACUGCUGUCGUUUCUUCUUCCGCCGUUGCGUUAUAUUCCUGGCGAGCAAAGCGCCUCCGGCUACCCCUUGUACUUGCUUUCUUACUGUUCGUCAUCUUUUUCGCACUGAUGUCCACGAUCACAGUCUCGAGAUCAACCGCCCUGUGGGGCUAUCCAGUCUUGUCGGGCACAGGGCUAGGGAUAUGCCUCACACUAGUCGUUACAGCAGCACAGCUAAGCGCCCCGCCAGAGCUUAUCGCCAUCACCAGCGGCUUGGUAAUCUGCAUGAGAGCACUCGGAGGCUCAGUAGGGCUACCGAUCUAUGCAGCGAUCUUCAACUCGCAAGCACGAAACCUGUCUUCGGAUAUCGCGGCCGCGGUCCUCCCCCUGGGCCUCUCACCGGAUGCUCUACCGGGAUUUAUUGCCGCGCUGAUAGCACAUGAUGAGCAUGCGCUACAUUCUACAACUGGACAAACGAUCAUCAUGGCCGUUGUCGAUGCGUUGAAGGCCUGCUACUUACAGGGGUUUCGCUAUAUUAACAUAACGGCGGCUGUUAUCUCAGCCGUGGCUUGCCUUGCCGCUUUCUUCCUCAUCGACCCCAAAGAUAGUUUCAGUAUGGAUGUAGAUGCUCCACUCGAGAAGUACAUUCCGCCUCCAUUCCUCGACUACUGUAAUUUCCCCUCCCCUCGCGUGAAGAAGCAGGCAACCUCGAAGGAGAGACUCACCCAGGAGGAGCUGGAGCAACCAGCAGUCAAAUCACCUGGUGACAGAUCUCAUGAGCGCGAACAAGGCACUAAAGGAGAACCCGAAUACCCUUAUGGAAAAAAGACUGUCCUGGGUAUGAAUAAAGAGGAUGCGUACACUCUGAUCAGCCAGUCGGGAGGCAUUUCCUCUCCCUCUGGAGCAGAGAAUGUAGUCUUCAAGACAGAUCAGACCACAGGUCCUACCCAGGAAGACAGCCCCUACGACGAGAGAUGGCGAGGGACCCGGGGAUUUGACUUACGCGUGGAGCUCGACUCUUUAGGUGCACAGUUCCACGGAAUCCUCCCGGCCGAAAUACUUUGUUCACUGACGAAUCUCUGCCGACUACAAGUAUGUCCACGAUUCGAGUACGGUACGAUCGAAUACGCCCAGUUCCUAUCAGAAUCUGCGUUCUAUCUAUUGCGAAAGCUUGAGUUGGGGGGCUUUCCUAUCCUAUGGGUACAUGCCAACCCACCCGAGGAUGAGACAAACAUGUAUCCCUACAGGAAGCAGACUAGAAACACUAGGAAACUUCCUGUGGGCUGGCAAUUUGCGGAAGGCAGGCGUGCCCUCCAAGAAGAGAUUAUAUUUGAUGAAGUGGUCGAAAUUCCGCUCAGAGACGGAGUCAAGGCCGGUCACAGAUACAAAACUCCCGGCCAUAUUGGCCUUAAGCCCAUAUGGGAAAAAUGGACACGGUACGUGACUGACAUCGACCAGACCUGCGGACUUAGAACAAAUCUAACCGCCAUAUCGCCGCAAGGAUUCCGCAUCUUCGACAAUAUACCCUUCCGGCUCGGACUACGAGAGAGCGCCACAUCCGGUCUGGAGAAAUUCGAAGGGCCCGACCCGGCUGAGUGGUGCCCUCGGGGCUACGCAAUCGUCAACGUAGACAUCCGAGGCACAUGGGAUAGUGAAGGCGACCUUUACAUCGAGGGAAGCCAGAUGGGUCUGGAUGGCUACGAUACGGUCGAAUUCAUUGCAGCACAACCAUGGUGCAACGGUGCUGUCAGCAUGUGUGGCAAUUCCUGGCUGGCAACGGAGCAGUGGGCAACCGCUAUCGAAAAGCCCCCUUCACUCAAGUGCAUAGCACCUUGGGAAGGGUUCACGGAUAAGUAUCGUGACUUGAUCUGUCGUGGAGGUAUUCCUAAGUACAACUUUGCUUCGUUCAUCUUCAACAAAACAAUUCGCGGCCGAAACCGUCGGGAGGACAUUGGUGGAGCGCUCGCCAAAUGGCCCCUUUUCAAUGGAUACUGGGAGGACAAAGUAUACGACACCAGUGGUCUGACGCUACCCAUAUAUGCGCUUGCAAGCUAUUCUUCAGGGAAUCAUGGUUCUGGUACCGUGAGGGGCUGGACCAGGGCGGCCUCCAAGGACAAAUGGAUCCGCUUCCAUCCGACUCAGGAGUGGUUCGAUCUCUACACACCCAGGUACAUCGAUGACCUGCAACGGUUCUUUGAUCGGUACCUGAAGGGCAUCGACAAUGGUUGGGAGAAAACCCCCAGAGCUAGGGUUUCCAUUCUCACGUAUGGGAAUCGUUUCGAGCCUGGCCCAAAAUGGGAUGUGCCCUUCGCCGACUACCCAGUUCCAUCGACCGAGUAUCGGAAAUUCUACCUGCAGGACUCUGGAAAGCUGGCCACCUCGCCACAAGCCAACGAGAGCUCCGUCACCCAUCAUGUAGACGGCUACCAAGCACAGGCGUCUCAAUUUACGCUCACCUUCGACAAAGCGACCACGCUUGUUGGUCAUUCAAAAGCAGAACUUUGGAUGUCUUGCAGAGACAAGGACGACAUGGAUGUUUAUGUGUCCAUCCGCAAGCUGAGCAAGAGCGGAGAAGUAUUAGAACACGUGAAUGUUCCCUGGGAAUUUCUACCCGAAGGGGUCAAUACCCAACACGAUGUUCCCAUGGCGCAGACGGUCAAGUACACUGGACCGACCGGUAUCCUCCGGGCGUCGCAUCGCGCCCAGGUCCCAGAACGAAGCACCCCCAUGAUCCCGUACCACCCACACGAUCAAGAAGAAAAGAUCCCCCCAGGCCAUGUCGUCAACCUCGAGAUCUCUCUUUGGCCUAUGGGCAUCCACUUCGAAGCCGGGGAGGGCCUGCUAUUUCGUGUCCAAGGCUUCAUUGAUACCAGCUCGGAUUUCCCCAGCCACAUCGAUGAGAAACUCGACAACCUGAACGAAGGUCGGCAUACCAUUCAUUUCGGUGGCAAGUAUGACUCGACGAUCAUUGUGCCUGUUGUUGCCCUGCCAGCGCAAUAG